GCACAUUCAAAUUUAGUGACUCGAGCACCGUCCUGGCCCUAGUGACCUUGAAGUCGACCACCGCACACAAAUUCGCGCAUCGACCCGCAUAAUCCGUCUUACUAGCCUUCGAUUUCGCCUGCCCUGCCGUUCUUCUCCUGCUAGCCGAUCUCUCUCAGAGCCACUCGCCAUGCCGGCCGCCUCAGCAGCCGCGUCCUCCGUGCCAGCCGCAGCCACCGCGGCAACUCCAAGGCGACCCGCUGCGGUAACCAGCGCCGUAUCGUACCGCCAGCACCAUCACGCGCAGCAGAAGCAGCAGCGCGACGCCAGAUGCCGCCUCCACCGAGAGUGUCACCUCCACCGCCGUCACUCGCUGCAGCGGGGUAGUGGAGGUUCCCGUAAGCCAAUUGCGUCCAGGGCGACGUCGGCGACGUCGCCCAGGGCGAGCAGCUCCGCGGGGCCAGAGUCUUCGCCAGCUUCAUCGCAGGCCGUCGCACGGCCGAGUCGCACGCCGCACAGCGGGUACCACUACCCUGGCGGCGACGGCGAGGCGCCCUUCUUCGAGGGCUGGUACUUUAAAGUCACCGUGCCCGACGCGCACGGCGUCCCGGGGGACUCCUUCGCCUGGAUGUACUCCGUUGAAAACCCCUCCGCGCCUCUCCCCGUCGAAAAUUCCUCCGCCUCCGCGCCUCCCCCCGCCGCCCCUUCCGCGGCCUCCUGCCCCGGGGGGAAGAAGGGGGAGCGGGCGGGGGGAGGGGUGCCGUGCGUGAUGAUGCAGGUGAUGGGGCCCGCCGUGGAGAGGCAGGCGGAGUGGGGGAGCGGCGAGGGGGGCGCGGGGGGAGAGGGGGGCGCGCGGGACUAUGUGUUUCAAGAGACGGCGGACACGGGGCGAUUCUGGGGAGAACGCCACGAGUUGGCGCUAGGCACGUGCUUCCGCCCCAGAGAAGGGCAAGUUUCGCCCCUGGGGGAGGUGCCACCUCAGGAGUUCGAGCGGAGAGUGGAGCACGGGUUUCAGGUUACACCUUUCCUGAACCAAGGCAUUCUCAAGGACCAACACGAUGGCAGCAUAGUGCGGUGGCAGUACGAGGUCACUCCCAUCGAUGGCUGGGGACCAAGGGGCGGUACACAGCUGUCAACUGCUGGUUGGCUGGCUGCCCUGCCUGCUUUCGAACCACACUGGCAGGUGUGCAUGGCCCUGGGGCGAGCAACGGGGUGGGUGGAGUGGCGGGGGCACCGCAUUGAGUUCACCAACGCCGUAACUUACUCUGAGAAGAACUGGGGUGGCGCCUUCCCACUCAAGUGGUUCUGGAUCCAGUGCAACGUGUUCUCGCGCAUGUCCCUGGGGUCCUCUAUCGCGCUCACAGUGGCGGGAGCAAAACGGCUGCUCAACCUGCCUCUUGUGGCCAACUCCGUGGAAGAAGUGGGCAUGGUGGGGCUGCACUGGGAGGGGCAGUUCAUCGAGUUUGUGCCCAACAGAGGGGCCGUUGAGUGGCGCGUGCAGCCGUGGGGCAGCUGGUGGAUGCGAGCAGAGAACGAGCAGUAUGAGGUAACGGUAGAGGCGCACACGCUGCCAGGCGACAACGGCACGCCCCUCCGCGCGCCCACAGCGGAGGGCAUGCGGAUAUUCUGCAAGGACUCGUUUGAGGGGCGCGUGAAGGUGGAGCUCAGGCAGCGGUACUCGGGGCAGCUGCUUCUUGAGGCAGAGAGCACGGCAGCAGCGGUGGAGGUGGGGGGCGGGCCGUGGUGGGAGGCGUGGAAGCAGCGCAGCCGCAUGAACGCGGCUCAGAGCGCCGUCAUCUCGCUCCCCCUGCACCUCUCCUCCAUCCUCCCGCCCUCCCUGCAGCCUCCGGGGCUGUGAACCCAGCCCGUGCCAUGAUGCCCCUCUCUGCCAUGAUGCCUGUCCUCGCCCUCAGCUGUCAUAUCUUGUUGCACAACAAUUGAAAUUAUGAUUACUUACGUAGCUGUCAAGUUAUUUUCUGCCUCUUUUCCAAAACAUGUCCAAUGGUUG